AUGGUGGUUUUCGCCUUAAAUAUUUGGAGACAGUAUUUGUAUGAUGUCCAUGUUGAUGUCUUUACCGACAACAAGUGUUUGCAAUAUGUGUUCAAGAAAAAUGAUCUAAAUCUACCCCAACAUAGAUGGCUAGAAUUAUUGAAGGACUAUGACAGCAGUGUCCUCGACUACCCGGAAAAAAUUUGUGUGGUGGCUAAUGCCUUAAGUCAAUUGUCUAUGAAUAGUGUUGCCCAUGUUGAGAAAGGUAAGAAACAGUUAGCUUGUGAUGUUCAUAGACUAGCUUGGCUACGUGUUUGCUUGGUUAAUUCAAUCGAGGGGGAUGUCACUGUUGAUAAUGGUGCAGAAUCAUCGUAUGUGUUUGAUGUGAAAUACAAUAAAGGUCUUGAUCCUAUUUUUGUUGAGUUGAAAGAAGUGAUGCUUAAAAGGUCUGUUGAGGAUUUCUCCAAAAGGGGAGAUCAUGUGCUUUAA